GUCUGUCAUUCACAGAGUAAAACUCUUCCUACAAGCAUGCAGAGUGCCUGCAAGGGGAAGAUAGUUUUUCCUUCUUGCCCUCCUACUUGUGCUCCCUCCGCUAACUGAAUGUUUUUGGUUUAAAUUUUUUUGUAAAAUAAAGAUCUCCCACUCUCUGUCCCCUUCUCCCUCCCCACUGCUUGCAUGCACUGUAAACCAGUGAAACAGUCCAAUAACAAGAUUUUCUAUAAGAAGCCUGUGAUUGGCCCAUGCAAGGGCCAGGUGACAUCAGGACGGGGCAUGGAAAAUCAGCGCUGUGAGCUUUGCUCGACGCUGGUAUAAGGUAAGUUUUAAAGUCUUUACUACAGCUGGGGACCUAUUAUUACUAAUACCCUAUAGGACAUUGUAAUUAAAAAAAAUUGUUUGUUUAAUGGUUGGAGUAACCCUUUCAUCUGUAUUUUAUUUGUAUCUUCUUUCUUUUUUAAUCCCAGUUCGCCCAGCAGUGAAGGUUUCAGAUCAGAAAGCAGACGGAGCUACAAAGCUUCUCUGCCAGGUGUACGGGUUUUACCCCCGGGACGUGGACGUGAAUUGGAAGAGAGAUGGCAUUGAGGUUCCCUCGGAUGAGGCCAAACAGGUUCUUCCCAAUACUGAUGGCACCUACCAGAUCACAGUUACUGUGGAAGUACUGCCAGAGGAGAUGAACAGACACUCCUGCCACGUGGAACACAUCAGCUUGGACAAAACAGUUAUUGUGAAGUGGGGUAAGUGUCCCCAUAACUGGGGGUAAACA